ACUAGAAAUUUCACUGAGGCGAUUACAGACUGAGGGGGAGACGGGGAGCGAACACAAACAAAAGCCAUUUUUAUUAGCGAGGCGAGACAGAAGAGAACCCUAUUUUAUUUUAAUUUUUUUUUGUACAGUUUAAAUAUGUCGUCAGAAAACCAGGAUUCGGAAACGCAGCUCGAAUCGGGAGAGGAAAAACAGGAUUCGCAGGAGAAGGACUCCAAUCCGGUCAGGGCGGAAGAGAUGAAAUUGAAAGCCAAAUACCCCAGCCUGGGGCAGAAACCAGGGGGCUCUGACUUCCUCAUGAAGAGGCUACAGAAAGGGCAAAAGUACUUUGACUCUGGAGAUUACAACAUGGCCAAAGCGAAAAUGAAGAACAAGCAGCUCCCCGCUGCCGGCCCGGACAAGAAUCUGGUGACGGGAGAUCACAUUCCCACUCCUCAAGACCUCCCUCAGAGGAAAUCCUCGCUCGUAACCAGCAAGCUGGCGGGAUAACAGCCUGCCAGACCCCUUCCCUUCCUCCCUCCCCACCUCCGUACCCCCUCCCACCCCCCACGGCCUCGCUCCACCAGGCUUAGCGCUAGAGACACCCAGAAAUAUCCACUCUGUGGGCGGGGCAAAGCAGUUGUAAUGUGGUUUGCAGGGCUAGUGACUGACUCCAGUACUGGUUACUCUCUUUGGGGCCUGAACGCAGCAACCGAAGACACUGGGGAGGAGGGGAGGAGGGAGGAGGGAGGAGGGAGGGAGGGAGGGGAGGGGGGGAUGUAAAUUGACAUCCAGAUUUCCGUCUUAGAGCGAGAGAGAGAGAGAGAGAGAGAGAGAGAUUUAUUGUGCAGUGUCUGGCAAUGGAAGAAAGAGGAGGGUCGGUCUGAUCAGUGUGUACUCCGAUGAGCCACGGCUUUAUUUAGAGCAUUUUGCAAUGCUUUUAAAAUGCGCUAGUGCAAUUUUCAGGUUUGCAACACUGCGCCCUGGUGGUGACCGGUGGGAAGUGCAUCAGGCUUGGGUUCACAGUUCAUGGGACGCCAAUCCUGAAGAGGUCAAAUCCUGGUGUUCAACCACGACCCCCUUUUUUAAAAUCAAUUGUUGCCAUGGCUGUAACUAGCUGGGGGACACGGAGGUUUUUUGAAUCAUCGAUGCUGACGCUCAUGUAAAAUAUUCUGGUAAAGUACAAAAGACUCCUUCGUUUUUCUCUGUUAGUUUGCCGCGUAACAUAGAUUUGGAGGUUUAACAGUAAAUACCAAGCAGUCCUAUAAAUACUGCAGCCAGAGCUUGAAACCUCGCUUUGACCUGGGUAGAGAGUCCGCUCUGAUUACAACGCUGCGUGUCGCCGCUGUUGUGAGAAGCUCCUUUUAACAACGCUGCUCAUUGCAAUUCUGAUCAGCGCCGUGCUGGGAUCGAUUAAAAGGGAACAUGGAAUUGAUUUUAAAAAGGAAUUGGAAAAGGAAUUUGGGUGGGAGGGGACAGGAAUUGACCCCAAACCUGACUGCUUGUAGUUUCGGCCAAUCACAAGAAGAGUAGUCCAGCAAACAGCCAAUCCGCUGUGUGGGAUUCACGAAAGGGGAGGGCAGGUUGGUUAACGCACAUUUAACACAGGAGUUUGACUGAAGAGUUACGCCAGGUGGAGACUGGCUGACCCCCCCCUCCUCCUCCUCCCCCCCCCCCAUUCAAGGCCGUACGCAAAACGCUAAGACAAGAAAACUUGCUGCAUCACAUGGCUGGGACAAACCGAACCCAUUCUACUACUGCGGCUGCAAACGCGUCCGUGACUUCUUUUGAUCCUUGAUUUUACUUUUGUUUUUUAAAAAAAGGACACUUUUAGAUUUAACUAAUUCUAAAGAAAUGCACGUGCCACACCCCCUGGGUCUGUAUAAUAAUUAUUUUAUUUUUAAUUUGACGUUUUGUAUUAUUUCUUACAGCUGCUUUAGGAUGAUAAUAAUGAUGACUGUAAAAAUGUAAAAAAAAAAAAAAAGGGCUGAGCUUUCUCCAAAACCGUAAGAGUGGCUGCGACAUUCCCAGUGCAAUUUUAAGUGGGUCGGAUUCCCCUUUUUUUAAUUUUAAUAUUUCCGUCCUUCGGAUGAGACGUAAAAACUGAGCUCCUAUUGGAAGUGACUCUGCAGCAGCAGCAGCAGCAGUUGUUGAUGAUGCAGAGUUCACCCCCCCCCCUAGUCUCUGUAAGUCGCUUUGGAUAAAAGCAAUCUGCUGAAUCACUAAUUAUUAUUAUUAUUAUUAUUAUUAUUGUUAACUGCACAAUAGCAAACUUUGACAAAACUAUUGGCUAGCUCUUUGAUCAAAACAGCUGUUUUGCGACUUCUUUAACCCAACGGCAGAUCAAACAGCGACCCGUUCUGUGGCUGUGCAACUGAUUUUAAACAAGCCUGCGUGAAAGAGGACGCACGUUAAUUCUGAUUUGAUUUCUUUGUGUUUUGUUUUUUUUUUGGCAGGAGGGUUAGUAUUUGUAAAACAAAUUUAUGUAAUACAUGUUCAAUUCUACAGUACAUCAUCCCAGCUUGGAUAUCUUGAAUCGGAGCUUCUGUAAGAUUUUAAAAUAAACCUCAAACUACUGCCUCUAGCGAAGGCUGGCAAACUCCUAAAGCAAUCUCAGAAAAAAAGUCCAGAUUUUUGUUUCAACCAGACCCUUAAUAAUACUUGAAGACCCUCUCCGUCGAUUUUUAGUUGGUCUUUAUAAUGGGUGUUAAUUGAUGUUUUAAAAUACAGUAAAAAUCUCCAUCCUCUGCUUGCCGAGUUGAACCCGAAGCCUCUUUUUCAGGAGCUUGAAAGCUGGCUCCAGGAGACCCCCGGGAGACCUAGUUUGAGGUUUGCUGUAUCAAACCCCCAAGUCUCCCUGCCUGGUGUGCCGCGCAGCGCCCUGAAACCUACAGUCUCCUGAAACCCGAAGCUCCAAGCCGCACAGAUCCCUCGGCUUAAUAAUAAAGAAAACCACUGUCCUGUGAAACAGCCCCCAUGACUCGGGCAGUUUUAUUUUCUGAACGUCUGAACGUAGUUUUAUCAAUAGAGAAAUGUCUGAAAGAAACCGCUAAGCUGUGUGGGUGUUUAGGGUUGGUUUGUAAAGUGGAGUAAAAUGGAUUUGUGUGUUUUGUUGUUAAAGGGUUUAGGGUGGAGAGAACGAGUCUUUAAGCCUGUGUUUUUUUGUUGUUUUUUUUUUAAAUUUUGUUGCACGUUGUAUUAUCUCCUGCUCCUGACAUUGCUGAGAAAUACAAAAAUAUUAAAAAAAACACUGUCUGUAAAUAAAUACAGAGUUAAAAACAGAUGUAGAGUUUACAGAGAAAGCCAAGCACGAAGGAUUUCUUUAAAGGGUUCGGUGGUUUCAUUCAAUGAGAGAGAAAAAUAAUGACUCUCUUAAAAAAAAAAAUUAUAUAUAUAGACCCUAAAUGAGGGGUCUCCACCCCUGGUCCGGGAGAGCCCCUAUACCAGCAGGUUUUAUAGCUGUCAUUACAUCAUCAGUGGCUAAAGAUCUGUUCAUCUGGACUAAUUAAGCCAGUAAUUGGUUCAAUUAAGUAACAGAGAUUGGUUGAAACGAAAACCAGCAGCCCCAGUAGCUCCUAGUUGGAGAGCCCUGCCCUGGAUCCACUCCAGGAGGUUUAGCAGGUAAAACGAGAUCAUGAAGGACUUCAGGGUCCGGACUGAGGUUUAUUGAAUUGGUUUAGAACAGGGUUUGGAACAACAGGCCAGCCCUGCCUUCGGUAGCCCAAUUUGAAGAAGCAGACCCCGCUCUGAAAAGGAAUCCUUGUGCUGUGUAAAUGUAUUAUUGCUUGUGAAAUGAAAGUGGACGCUAGAUAGGAAAGAUUGCGUCACAGCCCGAUUCUCAGACCCGCCCCCUUGCUGCAUUACCUCAUCGUUUAGAAUGCGCGGAGGGACGUUGAGUUCCAUGCGUUCUAAACGAUGGGAUAGUGCAGUCCCGCUUGUCAACACCAGGGGGCAAUGAAUGCUAGAGAAUUGAAGGGACUGUAAGUUUAGCUCUUGAAAUGAUAUGGGACGUUUUGUAAAGAGUGGAAAUUGAAUGUGUUUGUUUUCGGGGGUGGUUUUUGUACAGUAUCUUGAGAUAUUAUUAUGCUUCUGAUCCCAGCCACGUUUGUAAAUAGAAAUAUACUCUUUUGAUUAUA